GCUUUGUUUAAUAAACAAGUGCAAAGUGGACGAUUUUAGAAAGUUGCUUAAAUAAAGGAUUGCAGUUGAAAUGCAGUCUUCAGCAUUGAUUAAAAAAGAGCAUGCUGUUGAAAACGCAAAAAUUUGUCGAUGGUGUCUGUCGAACGAUGAUGAUACUUUGGAGGCUCUUACGCCCGACUAUUCCGGACAAUUUCAACUUCAAAAGCUGUCCGAAUGCACCGGUGCUGAGAUUAAUAUUUUACCUGGAGUUCCAUCGUACUUGUGCACGAAGUGUGAAUCUCGUUUGGAAAAGAUGGAUCGGUUUCGCUGGCGAUGCAAUGAAAAGAAUGAUAUGGUCGAAAAAUUUAUCGAACAGCACAACAGAGCGAAGAACGUAUCACAAAUCUCUCAAGAAAAUCUUGACCACUUUGCCAUACCAGCCAUACCAGUGCAAAAGCCAUACCAGUGCAAAGUCUGUGACAAAACCUUCCAUUCAUCAGGCAUACUAUCAAUGCACUCGAAAAUUCACAAUAAGGACCAUAAGUGUCCUCAUUGUUCGUCAAUGUUCCCAAGUUCAUUUAAGCUAGAGAUUCAUAUCCGCACUCACACCGGCGAAAAGCCAUUUCAGUGUAAAGUCUGUGACAAAGCCUUCCAUUCAGCAGCAUUACUGGCAAAACACUCGACAAUUCACAAGGAACACACAAAGUACCAUCAGUGUCCUCACUGUUCAUCUAGGUUCACACAGUUAGCUGGUCUAAAGUAUCAUAUCAAUAUUCACACCGGCCAAAAGCCAUACCAGUGUAAAACCUGUGACAAAGCGUUCAGAUCACCAAGCGGAUUGUUAGGACAUUCUAAAAUUCACAAUAAGGACCAACCGUAUCGAUGUCCUCACUGUUCAUCAAAGUUCGCGCAUUCGUCACACCUAAAGAUUCAUAUCCGCACUCACACCGGCGAAAAACCAUACCAGUGUGAAAUCUGCGGCAUAGCCUUCCAUUCAACAGCAUUACUGGCACAACACUCGACAAUUCACAAGGAACACACCAAGUACCAUCAGUGUCCUCACUGUUCAUCUAGGUUCACACAGUUAGCUGGUCUAAAGUAUCAUAUCAAUAUUCACACCGGCCAAAAGCCAUACCAGUGUAAAAUCUGUGACAAAGCGUUCAGAUCACCAACCGGAUUGUUCGGACAUUCUAAAAUUCACAAUAAGGACCAACCGUAUCAGUGUCCUUACUGUUCAUCAAAGUUCGCGUAUUCGUCAAACCUAAAGAUUCAUAUCCGCACUCACACCGGCGAAAACCCAUACCAGUGUGAAAUCUGCGGCAAAGCCUUCCAUUCAUCAAGCAAUCUGGCAUCACACUCGAAAAUUCACAAGGAACACACAAAGUACCAUCAGUGUCCUUACCAGUCCUUGAGCCAGUAAUAUAAAACAACAAACCACCAACUGGAGGGAAAUGUCUCCGAAUCUCGUAUAAAACCAGAGGCGUUUGGCUGUAUUCAGAAUACGCUUUAUUCUCCAUUCUAUCACACAUGCUGCUUACAUGUUGUCCAAUUAUGUUCCACCCCUUUCUCAGGCCGGCGGCUGGGAUAGCAUUCGAGUUUAUGUUUUGUCACGGCAUAGAACAGUAUAAAAACGGA